AUGGCUUCGAACUAUGAAUCUACUCCAUCUGAACCUCUUCAACAACGGCAAUUGCCAUCACAGUUUCACCUUGUAACAUGGAACACAUUUAAACAUCAUAUUCCUCGUCUCAUUAUUAUUAUUGUAGUUGAUCUGAUUCUACCGCUUAUAAUAUAUUUUUCUCUUACAAGUAAUAUCAAACCUGUCUACGCUCUCUUGGCCGCUGGUAUUCCUCCUUUCUUGAUGGUCGUCUUCAAAGCCGUAUGGAAACGCAACUUUGAUUCUAUCGGUUUUAUUGUCUGUAUUACUUUUAUUUUUGCGGCCAUCUUAGCAUUAGCGUUAGAUAAUCCUAAAAUUCUAUUGUUAGAAAAAUCACUGAUUACCGGUGCACUAGCUAUAAUAUUUGGUAUUACAUUAAUUCCAUUUCGAUGUGGUCUGGGGCAAUAUCGAUGGCGUCCAAUUGUCUAUUAUUUUUAUCAUGAUUUAGUACCAGUAAGUCGAGCAGAAUUCGGUCUAUCAGACAGCAUGUUUGACGAUAAUCAAUACACACAACUCAAAGAUGGGAAUAGGAAACAAGAUGUACCGGACUCAAAAGAAGUAGCUCAAGUCUACGCAUGGAUCUAUGAUCAUUGCUCAUCGUAUCGUAUCUCGUGUUAUCUUAUGACAGGUGUUUGGGCAGUGGGCUUUUGCAUUGAAUGUAUUGUUCGAUAUAUUCUUAUUGCAUCACACUUCACAGUAAAUGAAGUUUUUCUCUACGGAAAGAUUUCAUUCAUUAUAAUUAUUAUAAUAUGUGCUACUUUGCAAAUUUGUUGUGUGGUAUACGAAAGAAAACAUAUAUUAGCACAUAUUGAACACUGGAAAAUGGAAAAUUUAAGUGUACCACAAUCUCAUCCGUCUUUAUCAACAAUUCCCACACAAGUGACACGGGAAGAAUAA